AAUAAAUUUAGCAUUAGAGAUUAAUGGAAGGUUACUUAUUGAAAUGGGUUAAUCCAUUUUAAAGAUGGUAGAAACGAUAUUUUAUACUUAAUGAUCAUAUCUUAACAUAUUGUGAUUAAGUAGGAGGGAGAUCAAAAGGUCAGAUCCAUCUAAAAGUAGCAGGUAUCACUGAAAGUAAAGAUGAUACUUUAAGAAUAAUAAUAAAUACAGGAACAGGUUAGAUUUUAUUGAAAGCAGCUAAUGUAGAUGAAAAAAAUAAAUGGUUGAUAGCAUUAAAGAAAAAUUAAGAAAAUUGUUAAAGACAUUAAGUGUUUAAUUAUGGUUAAAGAAUUUAAGAGCUUUUAACAGAUAUUUGGAGUAAUUUUGCAUUAUUUGAUGAAUAAUUAACAUAUCUUUAAGAAAAGGUUAGUUUAAACAUGUAUAACGAAAUAAGUAAUAUUAUUAAUCUAGGAUAAUAUUUAAAAAAUGGAAUUACUUUAUGUUGUACAUUAAUAGAAGAAGAAAAAAUUAAAUUAUAUGGGGAAUCAGAUACUAUAUAUGAGAGUUUUGAUUUUGAAGAUGAAAUUCCAUUAAAUACUUAAACAUCUAAUUAUUCAAUAAGAUAAGAAGAAUAGAAAUAAAAUUACUUAGAAAAUUACAAUUUUUAAUAGUUUUUAGAAACUAUUAAAUUAUCAAACCCUAUAAAAUAUAAUAAUAUAAAAUAUAAUAGAGUUUAUUAAAGAUUAAAUAUAACAAAUGAUAUAACAAGAAAAUGUUUACCAUAUAAAUAAGAUCCAGAAGAGAAAUUUGCAUUCUGGCCAUUUUUAAAAGAAUGUAUAGGAAAGGAUUUAACAAGGAUACCAAUGCCAUGUAUAUUUAUAAAAAUUGAAUUUAGUAUUAUUUCAUCAACCUUUAUCUGGUUUAUAGUUUUUUGCUUCUUCAUUUGAAUAUUUUGAGACUUUAAAAUAAGCAGCAAAAGCAGAAGAUCCAUACAAAAGAAUGUCAUAUUUAAUUGCUUUUUCAUUAGUGAGAUGUAUUUUAGGAAUAGAUUGUUAAAAAAAAUUUUUUAAUCCUGUAUUAGGAGAAACUUAUGAAUUUUUUACUUCUGAAUAUAAAGUAAUUAGUGAAUAAGUAUGUCAUCAUCCUCCAAUUACAGCUGUACAUUGUGAAAGUGAUGAUUUUGUAUUAUCAAUAACUAUGGAAGCUAGUGUAGGUUUCUCAGGAACUAGCAUUAUGGCUAAAUUACCUGGUUUAGUACAUUUUAAAAAUAAAAAAACUAAUGAACAUAUGACUUAUUCAUUACCAAAUAUUGUUGUUAAAAAUUUAUUAUUUGGCAAAAUGUAUUUUGAAUAAGUAGGUGAAGCUAUUUAUACUAAUCACACAACAGGAGAUAUUGGAAUUUUAACAUUAAAAGAAAGAAAUAAUGAAAAAGUUUUAUAAUAUUUUAUUUUUAGGAUGCUUAUUAAGUUAAAGCUAUUAUCAAAGAUAAAAAUGGAAAUAUAAGAUGUUAAUUAAAUGGAUUUUUUAAUAAAGAAAUUUAUGCUAAUAAUGAAUUAAUUUGGAAAAGAAAUCCUAUUAAUCCUGAAAGUAAAUGGUAUUACUUUUAUUCCCAUCAUAUUUUAUAAUUAAAUCAUUUAAAUGAAGAUAUUUUAAGAGUAUCAAUAUUUUAUUAUUAUAUUAAGAGUAUACCUUAAACUGAUAGUAGAAUGAGAUCAGAUAUGAGAGCAUUAGAAUGUGGAUUUAAAGAUCUUGGUUAAGAAGAAAAAGUUAGAAUUGAAGAAAAAUAAAGAGAAAGAAGAAAAAUUAUGGAAGAAAAAAAAGAAUAACAUAUACCCAAAUUCUUUAAAGAAGAAUUCGAUCCUAUUUCUAAAAGAAAUUAUUGGGUCUACUUAUAUAAUUAUGAAAAGGAAAAACAUUUAAUUGAUCUAGAUUUAUUUUGA